AGAGUUCGUAUUUAGUUCUGGCAGAUAGUUCAAAAUUUUGUUAAGGUUAGUUGAAACUUAAUUUGUAUGAAAUUUAACUCAGUUAGUUUGUAAUUAAUGUUUACUUUGUGGAUCCCUAAUAUAUCUAGGUGAGAUGAGAUGCUUGCGAUAAAUCAAAAAAAUGGAGAAAAUCCCACCACCUCCCCCCUAUGAAGAAAGUACACAUUCGCCUCCGUUAAAUAAUUACUCGCAAGCAUAUCCCCCACAAUCGCGCAAUGCUGGAUAUCCAACUUUACCUCCUCCACAAAUGGGGUUUCCACCACCUCCGCAAGUGGGGUUUCAACAACCAGGAUUCAUACCACAGCCUACGCCAAGUGUCCCGCAAGCGCAAUACUCGAGGUACCCACAACCUCAAGUUGUCACAGUCUUUGGUCCAAUUCCACAACUGAUAAAUUGCCCGCAUUGUCAUAAUCAAGUUACAUCAAAAUUGGAAGCAAGUGCUGGUACGAAAACUCAUCUUUUUGCCGCUCUGUUAUGUAUCCUAGGAUGCAUUCCCUGCUGCCUAAUACCAUACUGUGUGGAUUCGUGUAAAGAUCGAAGCCAUUACUGCCCGCAGUGCAACGCAUUUUUAGGAAGUUAUGGUACCGCAUUGUUUUGAUAGAUUUGCAAUUCUUUUAUUCUGCAUGUAUAUACAUAUAAUAAAACAGAAAUGUUAAAUA